GGCAAAUUCAAGCUUCCGAGGCCGUAGUCUGGACCCCUGGACGUCCGUCGUUGGAAGCCCCCGAAUUCCGAAUAAUUUACCAAGCCAAGACAACUCGCAUCCUUUGACCAUAUACACAGACGCCACCCACGCCACCUCGCAUCUCGUAUAUGCCGCAUAGAACAGAGAUAUCAUGAAUAUGGGCAAGAAAUCCGCUCCGUUUAACCAGGCGCGCGACAUCCCGGCCCUCGAUGGGAAGGUGAUUCUGGUAACAGGAGCCAACAUCGGCCUGGGGAAGCAGUGCGUCCUCGAGUAUGCACGCCACCGUCCCGCCCAGAUCUGGCUGGCCGCUCGCAACCUCGACAAGGCCAGGGCAGCCGUCGAUGAGAUCCAGAAACAGCUCAAAUUGGAGAGCACGAGCCGGGGGAAAGGUCAGGACCCGGCGGCACAUGCACCCAUCAAGGUCCUAGAGCUCGACCUCUCGUCGAUGGAAUCCGUCAAGAAGGCAGCCGCCGUGUUCCUGGCCGAGGCGGACCGUCUCGACAUCCUCAUGCUCAACGCAGGCGUCAUGGCCGCCCCGCCGGGGCUCACCAAGGACGGCUACGAGCUCCAGUUCGGCACCAACUACCUCGGGCACGCCCUCCUGGCCAAACUCCUGCUCCCCAAGCUGGAGCACACGGCCAACGAGAUCCCGGACAGCGACGUCCGCGUCAUCAUGCUGUCGUCGCACGGGCACGUGUACGCGCCCAAGCUCGAAGGCGUGCGGCUCGAGACGCUCAGGACCACGGCGGAGGACCUCGGCCCUUACGGACGCUACGGCCAGAGCAAGCUCGCACAGAUCCUCUGGGUGAGGAAGAUGGCGGCCCUGUAUCCCCGGUUCACGCUGGCCUCGAUCCACCCGGGCGUGGUGCGGACGAACCUGAUGAACAAUGCCACGGGCUCGUCCCUGCCCAUACGGCUGCUGGGCCGCAUCGCGAACAAGGUGGUCACCCCGAUCGAUCAGGGCGUCAGGAACCAGCUGUGGGCCUCGGUGAGCAAGGACGUCAAGUCGGGCGAGUACUACGAGCCCAUUGGCAUCACGGGUUCCGGGUCGGAUUUCACCAAGAACGACAAGCUGGCCGAUACGGUGGCCGAUAAGAUCUGGGAUUGGACGGAGAAGGAACUCGAGCAGUAUCUUUAAUCUGGCCAACUCGUCGGGCUUACACGGUGAUUAUGAUAUUAUUGUCAAGAGGUCGUUGUGGGCUCACAAAUUCACAAUCGUCUGAUUUGUGCGUCUGUACGGAGUCUGGUUUUCCUCAACGGGCUACAUGUAAAUUAAAGAUACGAGUCUUAGUCUUGAGCCGUUCACGUAUUGUUUCGCAUAUAUUACACGCAUAUAGCAUACAUGUAGACAUU